GGGAGUGUUUUAUGGCUGUCUGCUACUGAGCACGACAGCUAGGAAAUUGUAAAUACUAAGAAAAUACAAACAAAUAUUCGGUGGAGGGAGUCCAGAAAACGGAGUAAUUGAUGUAAGUUUUGCGAGAAAUGCAUAACGAAGAAGAGUGGCUCCAGUGUGGACACGGCUAACUUUUUGCUGUGUCGUCGACCAAAAUUGAACUUCCCCGAGAGUGAUAGUUCUGGAUAUUCCCAGCGGAAGACGAACAAGGACUGAAACGGUUGAUGAAGACUUGGUGUUUUCACGCAUAGCUAUGUGAAGUUUUACUGGGCGGCUGUUUUUUGUAACUUUCCCCCCCCAGCAGCGGUUGUACGAUAAGGUCAGCUAAUUUUAGCACGCUAGCUAAGUUAGCUAGCAGCAGACUCAGCUGGAUUCUCUGACAACUUGUCCAGACAAGAGACGAUGCAUUUAUGUUUUGCAACAGGUACACACAACCAAGGAGCAAAAUUAGACAUUUAAGACAUCAGUUGGCAGCUGUGUUAUGGCGUGCAAAGUCUUAAGUUGUUUGGAUUUCUGCUCCUGAAAAAAAAAAAAAUCCUUAUGGUGCAGGUUUUGCAAACUGUCACUUCGACCAUGUUGGAGCACUCUGAGUAGAUUCCGUUUCAUGUUUCAGUUUUAAUGCGAUCGUAGAAUAAACAAGAGGACACACGGGACGCUGACAGGAAUAUAACAGCUCGCCUGAAACUUUUUUUUUUUUUUAAUUUUCCAUCAAAAUGUCGGCGGUCUCUGCAUCCGAGAAAGUGGAUGGCUUUACGAGAAAGUCCAUGAGGAAGGCCCAGAGACAGAGGAGAUCUCAGGGAUCUUCACAGUACCGUACCCACAGCGCUCUGGUGGACCUUUCGCCGCUGCCGCAGCUCAGAGAUGCACCUUCUGCGGAACAACAGGAACUGUUCACCCAGAAACUGCAGCAGUGCUGUGUGCUCUUCGACUUCCUGGACUCAGUCACAGACCUCAAGAGCAAGGAGAUCAAGAGGGCCACACUUAACGAGCUAGUGGACUAUGUUUCCACCAACAGAGGUGUGCUGGUGGAAUCUGCAUACCCAGAAAUCAUAAAUAUGAUUAGCACCAAUGUAUUCCGAACGCUUCCACCAAGUGAUAACCCUGAUUUUGAUCCAGAGGAGGAUGAGCCCACUCUCGAGGCUGCUUGGCCUCACAUUCAACUGGUUUAUGAAUUUCUCCUGCGCUUUCUCGAGAAUCCAGACUUUCAGCCGAGUAUUGCAAAGCGAUACAUUGAUCAGAGGUUUGUUCUGCAGCUUCUUGAGCUAUUUGACAGUGAGGACCCAAGAGAGAGGGACUUCCUGAAGACCAUCUUGCAUCGGAUAUAUGGAAAGUUCUUGGGAUUGCGAGCCUUCAUCAGGAAGCAGAUAAACAACAUUUUCUUACGGUUUAUCUAUGAAACUGAACACUUUAAUGGAGUUGCUGAGCUGCUGGAAAUCCUGGGAAGCAUCAUCAAUGGCUUUGCAUUGCCUCUGAAGGCAGAACACAAACAGUUCCUGUUGAAAGUCCUCAUCCCAUUGCACACAGCUAAAGGAUUAGCCCUUUUCCAUGCACAGCUGGCCUACUGUGUGGUCCAGUUCCUGGAGAAGGAUCCAACACUCACUGAGCCGGUGAUCCGUGGGCUGUUGAAGUUUUGGCCUAAAACCUGCAGCCAGAAAGAGGUGAUGUUCCUCGGGGAAAUCGAAGAGAUUCUGGAUGUCAUUGAGCCGACACAAUUCAAGAAAAUUCAGGAACCACUGUUCAAACAGAUUUCUAAAUGUGUGGCCAAUUCCCAUUUUCAAGUUGCAGAGAGAGCUUUGUACUUCUGGAACAAUGAGUACAUUCUCAGCCUGAUAGAGGAGAACAUUGACAAGAUCCUUCCCAUCAUGUUCGGUAGCUUGUACAGAAUCUCCAAAGAGCACUGGAAUCAGACAAUCGUGGCGCUGGUCUACAACGUGCUGAAGACGUUGAUGGAGAUGAACAGCACACUUUUUGAUGAGUUAACAUCCUCCUAUAAGGCAGACAGGCAAAGAGAAAAGAAGAAAGAGCAGGAGAGGGAUGAGCUGUGGAUGAAACUAGAAGAACUGCAGCUUGGCAAUACAGCUGCGGUGCAGAACAACAGCCACGGCCUUCAGGGUGUAUACAACAUCAACAACAACAACAACAGUAGUAACAUUGACGACCGGGACAAAAGCGCUGCUGCCGCCGUCACCGCGGCCGACAAAGAUGCUGAUGCCAAUAAGGAAACCAGUGAAACCACCACAUGUGCCAAAUGACAUGGGAUGUCAGUUUUUAGUGCAAAGUGAUCUGAUACAGUUUAACGACCAUCAGGGAAAGAAUGAAGCGUGAAGAUGGUAAACACAAAGUACACCUCAGCAGUAUAAUUACUUCUAGCGACUUAGAGGCCAGCAGUUCUUUGGCAGUAAAUAUAGAUUUCAACUUAAGACUAUUUUGGAUGUUACACUGUGGCAGUAUGUUAUUUGUCUGAUCAAAGAUUUAUCUUUUCGCAAUUGGUUCAUUAUCUGAAACUUAUUUUUGGAAUAUUUGCUGAAUGCUACAAGGAGGGUGAAAAGUAAUGACUUGAAUUUCAUGUUUUCUAUAGUGAUGCACUUAAGCUGAAUAACUAUUUAAAGAUGUCUAUUUUUCAAUGUGCUUUCGUCGUUGCUGCCAACACUUGGGUGCAAAUUGGAA